UCAGUGCGGAGUGCCCGUGAGUUUUUGUGUGUUACAAGUGUGUUGUGAAAACCAGCAAACUGUUUGCUCCAACGGAAGACAUGUUGACAAUGGAAACGGACCUCAAAGGAGGUAAUUUACAUGGGAACAUUCCCCCGCACCAUUCUUUACAAAAUUACGGUUCUCUCAGUGCUUUAAGUCAAGCUCCGAUGCACGGAUUAACGCAACAUCCACACCAAAUCCACCAUCAGCCCCAAGGACCACAAAUACACCACCAGCAUCAGCACCAAUCGCAAAACCACCACCAACAACCCAGCCAUCAGCCUCAACAACAAAAUAAUAACAACAAUAAUUCGUCGAAAGCGCAGAAUAUGGAACGGGUAAAGCGACCGAUGAAUGCCUUUAUGGUGUGGUCCAGGGGGCAACGGAGGAAAAUGGCUCAAGAAAACCCCAAAAUGCAUAAUUCGGAAAUAUCGAAACGACUAGGCGCUGAAUGGAAACUACUAAGCGAAUCAGAAAAAAGGCCUUUCAUAGACGAAGCUAAACGACUACGAGCUGUACAUAUGAAGGAACACCCCGACUACAAAUACCGGCCUAGACGUAAGACAAAAACGUUGUUAAAGAAAGAUAAGUAUCCUUUAGGAGGCUCAACAUUGCUCCCGAGUUCGGAUCCUACACGAUCCGCUCCUCCUUCAGUACAACAAGUAGCCGCAGCUAGAGAAAUGUACCAAAUGCCUAACGGAUACAUGCCCAAUGGGUACAUGAUGCACGAUCCCAGCGCCUACCAGCAACAAUACGGUACCGCAAACUACCCCAGAUACGACAUGGGCCAGAUGCAGCACAACUACAUGAACGGAGGCUAUGGUUCCUACACGACAACGGUACCGAACAGUGCGGGAUCUCCUUACGGCAUGCACCAGGCCGGCUCGUCGCACAGUCCUUCUGGUUCUAGUAUAAAAUCGGAACCCGUGAGUCCAAGUUCUGGCCUCCACACGCCGACCCCUGGAGGAAUCAAGCGAGAAUACGUGGGGCAACCGCAGCAGGGCGAUCUGCGCCAGAUGAUUUCCAUGUACCUGCCAACCGACGGAGGAGUGCAACAUAUGCAGCAUCAGUACAGCAGCUCCCCCGACCCCAUGGCUCAAGGGCCCUUGGCCCCCCUGACGCAUAUGUGAGAGCCGCUCUUUGUGGCACAGGACAUUGAUGUGCCGCAACUGUGAAAAUUUUUUAUGUGUACAUAAGACUCAAUGUCUCGGUUUUGUUUCUUGACGAGCAUCAGGUAUGGCUUUGAAGUCCUUUUAACUUUUCAUUUGUUUAUCAUGCACCGAAAUUUGGCCUUCUUUAAAACAAGGGAAACCCUUUUAGUAAGUUACAUCAAUUAUUUAACUAAAUAAUCUCACUCAUACACAGAUAUUAUAUGAUCUUAUCUUAAGGUUUAUAUCGAAUUUUGAACUUUUAAUAUACAAAACACUUUUAACGUUUAGUUAGAAGAAUCUAAUUUGACGAAUAUUCCAUAAUUUCAUACAUAUUUAUUUAUUUUGAUUCAAAAUUUCUGCUCAUCGGCAGUAUUUUACAAAAAACCAAUACAUUACUUUGCUUUUGAUGACUAAACCAAG